AACAGUGACAACAACUAUGGUAAAAUCUGGUUCGCCUAGUGAUCUAUUGUCUAAUCAAAGAAAAAAAUCUUGGCCUUACGACGAAUAUUAUUUUGGUGAACGAGAUGAUGAAGAGAGAAGAAAUGGCCAAGGAGAAAAUCAUUGGACUGGAGCUGAGUCAAUAGAAUAUUACAUUGGUAAUUUCGUGCGGAACACGAUGCAUGGUUUGGGUGAUUACCGAUGGAGAUUCAAAGGUCAGGAUGGGGUAUUCGUCACCUACGAAGGCCAGUUCUACGCUAACAACAUGCAUGGGUACGGCACUAUGUCCUAUCCUGAUGGAAAAGUGUUUACUGGUAUCUUCUACAAGAACAUGCGCUUUGGACCAGGAAUAGAACAUGUACUGCCGCUACGCUGCAAUGUUGGUUUCUGGUAUGGUAAUAAGUUAGUGAGAAUAUCGUGGUCUCCUGCAGUGCCGAGCAUCCUGCCUGAUUUUUGCACGGGCCCCACUGGUCCUGAGUUUGUGGAACCUUUCCGAAAGAUACUGAGCAAGAAAACCAAAAUCAUUGGCGAGACCAACAGCGCGAUAGAGCUUCUGAAACAAUGCGGGGCAGACCCAAUGUCAGCUUCGCAGAAAUGGACUAGACUUUACCCAAAAUUCUGUACGGACUUGCAAAGUGAACUUUGCUACGUAGACGCGUUCGAUCGAUACUAUUACAAGGGGAAGAUCACAUCGCUGAAACUGGUCAAUACACCGCAAAAGGUUGAUGUAAACAGUGAUUUACAAAGUGAACAAGACGAAGACGCUUCAGCGAAAUAUUACUAUGCGUGGAACAAUAGCGAUUUAUUGAUACAAAUGAUGCAGCAUUGUUUUAAACAUGAAAGUCAGAGGAAAUCUUUCAAAUUAGAUUUACCGAAGAUCUUAAAUGGACCUAGAAAACGAUAUAGGCCGUCCGAUAAAUAUGAGAAAGAUUGCAGAACCGUAUUGAUGGCAAGUUACCUAGGUCAUAUCGUGAAUGUGGCUCAGUUAGUGAACGAAUACAAUGUAUACCCUAAUAUUGCCGACAUACGGGGUAAUACUGCGCUUAUGUACGCAACUGCUGGAGAUCAACCGAAUAUAAUACACUUUCUAGUUGAAGCUGGGGCAAACGUGAACAGUUAUAACGACUCCUGCUGCACUGCCCUCGGCAUAGCUCUCAUUCGGUAUUUAUGUGUUAAAAGAAAUGUAGUACCCAAUGCAAUGAUUCAGUCCUUACUACCCCCUGCAGUUAUGCAAACAGGGCCUGCUUCCAAAGAUAAAUCUCCGGAACUGAAAAUUGUCUCAGAAUGGUUAAAAUCGCGUAUAACAAUGUCCACUACAGAAUUCGAUAAGGACAAACGUUCAUUACAGGGUAAAUCGCCUGGUAAAAUUCAGCGAAAAGACAGCCUAAAAAAAGUUAACAGUGCAUCAUAUGCCACCCAACCCAACAAAUCAUUACAAAUGAGGCAAUCUUCGCUGGACAUAGAAUAUGAUUCUGACGAGUCGUUUUCUGAAGAUAAGCGGCUAUACUCAACUAUGAACAAUGAAUAUAUAAUAAGAGUAAACGAAAUUAUGUCUGUGCCAAAUGCAUUUGGUGUUAAUUACCUGUUUGAGUUGGAUAACAUAACCAGCGAUGUGCUAGCGCUAGAAGAAACUCUAUUCAAAUCAAAUGAAAAAUUCACCAAGAAAAAUUCUAAGAUUUCAAAACUGAAAAUGUCAACCAAAUCUGAAAUGGUCGAUGCGGCGAUGAGUUAUGAAAAACUUUCAACUAAUAGUAUUGACAAACUAAAAGACGAAAUAAGUGCAAAAAUAAUGUUAACCAUAAUCCAAUUGCUCGACGAUGGUGCUGAUCCGAACUUAGUCGUUUGUCCGCAGCCUGCCCUUUAUAUGGCUAUCCUAUCAAGCUCUUCACAACUCGUGCAACUUUUGAUUCGUAAUGGUGCUGAUAUAAAUACUACCUAUUUUGACACACAUAAUUAUACUCCUCUGGAAGUAGCAAUAUCACGUCCUUUGAAUUUGGAGAAUCUGGAGGUCAUCAAAGCAAUACUCGAAAGUGGUGCAGAUACCAAUCGUCGGCUAUAUUACACUAAAACUGAUUUAGAAACGGACUACCCUGUUGAAUUACCUGGUCCGACAUUGAUUCAUGCUGUUCUUGCGAAACAUACUAACUUUCAGUUUGAGGAUGAAAUACGCAACCAAUUAAUAGAACUUCUUCUCGCACAUAAUUGUGACCCAACAGUUCAAUUCAAAGGGCGGUCAGCCAUUGACCUUCUCAUGAUGACGAAAAUUGACCUCAUAGAUAUUUUCAUGAGGAGUCCUAAUGUUGAUCUUAAUGCUGUAAUUAAUAUGAAAAACCAAACUAUUCUCGUCAAAAUGUUUGAAUAUGAUUAUUUCCAAAGUACUACCGGAAUGGAUCGAUUGCCUAUCUUGACAAACCUUCUUCUCUAUGGUGCUGAUCCUCUAAUCGAGUGCCGCAACGAAGAUGAGGUAUAUGGGAACGUAUUUGCCUUUGCAAACAAAACUUUGAAUGAUAAUAUGCCACCUGUUACUUAUUCUUCGUCGAAUACAGGACAAGUCGCAAAAGGUAAAAAAGCAAGUCGCACCUCUAAAUUUGAUGUGAAAAAUAAAGGGAAAAGUAGAUCUUCAAAACUUGACGAAGAACGAAGUAAAGCGACAGAAUACCAAGGAGCUGUAGACUUGAUGAGGGAAUGUGCUAGAUUGUUGCAUAUACGGUGGCUUCAGGGGAAUUUAAUGAAGGAACUCAUUGAUGUAAUUUAUAAAUAUAAACAUCGAACUUGGAAUAUGAUAUUCAAAGAACACAAGAAUCCACAAAGCGCUGGCCUCUGGCUGACAACUCACCGAUGCUUGGAAAUUUGGGACGUCCUCAAGACUACCAACAAAAAGUUAUACACCGAUGAUCGAAUCUUCAAACAUUUGCUACGCAUCAUUCAAUUUUACAAUAACAGAUUGAAAGCCGAUAUACCAAUUGCGAGUGCCAUGACAACUUCGGAAAAGAAUAUUAUAGAAACAGACGUCAGUUGUUUGAUACAUGAACAUAGGAUCGCAUCGAAAUUAGCGCAAGAAGCGAAGGAGAACAUGAAAAAUAUUUACGUCAAACCUGAAUUUGCUCCCCGACAUGAUAAAAGGUUUCAAAUCUGUUUCGAAUGCGCUCUUCCUAUUAAGAUAGACAAGUCAAAGGUGGACUUGGGAAAAGAAAAGUCUUUAUUGGAUACUUCAAAGUCGAAAUUAAAAACGGGCAUUCUAAAGACACAAUCAAAAUUGAUUAUGCAAAAGAAUGGAGAAAAAUCAAUGUUAGAGGACAAGUUGAAAUCAAAAUUAGAUGUGCAAAAGAAUGUAGAAAAAACAAUAUUUGACGUUCCUGUUGGCGACUAUAAUGAAAGUUCAAUAUUGAUCGAUAAUAUGGACAACUUUCUAUGUCCAAUGUGCGAGCUCGUGCGUUUCUGCAACUUAUCAUGUUUGAAGAUAAACGUAGAUAGAGCCAACUGCCAUCCCUGCAGCAAAUUUUUGAAAGCACAAUACUUUAUCAGUUCAGACAUUGAAAAUGUAAACUAUGUUUCGGAUCUAAAUAUUGUACAAUAAAAUUGAUUUUACAAAAAAUCUUUUUACGUACACUGUCAACCAAAUUUUUAAGUUUUGUAUACAUUUUAUAAGUAUCAGAUGGACACGCCUACUUGUGAUGUUUAUAUUAAUUUAUUGAAG